AUGGGAAUAUUUGAUGUUUUAACAUCGUCUUCAACUACCGACUCGACUUCAAUCCCCACAUUUGAUCAAUCCACAGACUCAAUAAAUUUACAAAUCAAAUCACUACUAUAUUUAUUCAAAAGAUUAAAGAUAAAUAAAAUUUCACCGAUUGUAAAAAAUGGAAAUUUAAGUUAUAUUGAUUCCAAACUUAUAAAUUCAACUGAUCCAAUCUUUGCAAAAUUAGAUAAAACUUAUAAUUUGCAGUAUUUUCAAGACGAAGUUUUGUUAAAUGAUGAAUAUAGAAUCAUAGUGGAUUAUAUAAAAAAUAAAUUUAGAUCAACAUGUUUUAUUUCAGGUAAACCAACAAAUUUAUCAAGACCAGGAAGUCCUGUGAAAAAUCAAUCUACAAAUGUACAAGAUAAUGAGGAUUUAUAUAAUGAUUACCCACCAUUUGUGGAUUAUAAAGAAAGAAGAAUCAAAAAUUACAAGUUUAUUUAUUUUCCUUUAAAAAAUCAAAGUAUGGAAUCAAUUGCUAAUAUACUAUCAAGUUCAGAUUUGUAUGUAGAGCAUUCAAUUUCAUUUUUAAAAAGAUACAACAUAGCAUUGGAAUCUAUAACAAAAAUUCUUAAACACACCAAAAAGGAUGUAAAGUUUGACUUAACAAUCGAAGAAAAGCAAAAAAUUAUUUUGACUUAUUUAAAAUCAUUAUCUUUUUAUGUACAAUUGAUGAGAAUUUAUGAAGAAUAUACAAAACUACAUCCUUUGGUAUUCAGUCUCGAGCACUCAGUAUCAAAAUUAUCAGUCAAAUCAGAUUCUCCAUCAUCACCAAAUCAAUCACCAAGCUCAUCACCAACGAAAUCUAAACCCUCAACUUCAUCCUUAUACCCAUAUUCAGCAUCUUCGACCUCAUUAUCCUCAUCUAUGAUGGCUUCUCCAACAAAAUCACCACCAAAAUUAGCACAUAGGAAAUCCACAAAUUUACUAAAAUCAAAACCAUCAAUCCUGAAAUUAAAAUUAGAAGAGUUAUAUAAUCCAGUAGUAGCUCCACCUACACUGAACAACUCCUUGGCCAAAUACAAGAAUGAUGAUGAUAAUAAAUCUGGAUCUGGCACAUUAUCUGAAGAAGUUGAAGGUAAAGAAAUCUUGAGGUUGGAUGUUUACGAAAAAUGUAAGAAUGCAAUAAAUGAAAAAAUUAAUAAUGAAAGGCGAAAAAUUAAAAUGCAAAGUUUGACUAUAAUAUAG